CUGAUGUAGCUUUCAGCGCAGUGUUUCAGAAGCUUUUAUGCCAAAUGACGUAAUCCAUAUCCACUUUUCCUUGAUAUCGUUGACUAGUUCUAAAGAUGUUGGUUAUGAUUGGACAUGUUUGCUUUCGAACCACGCCCAGCCUAAGCACCGCCUACUAGCCUGGGCGGAUUCUCGCGCUCAAGCAUAAAGCUUCAGUGUGCUUUCAACAGCUGAGCUGGAAGCUCGCGCUGCGUGGAGUGCUCACUACCUAGUUGCUGCUUGUAUUGUUACUGCCUGGUCUAAGGAAAUGAGCUCAGUUCAAGAAGAGAAGCCCAGCAAUGGCGUACAAAAAACACAAAUCCACGACAUUAGGAACACCGAGCUGGUGUCUCGUCUUCUAGCUGCCACUCCUCCAUACCUCUACAGCGCUCUGCCCCUUCAACCCCACGCUUUCUUCUUUAGCGAAAUGCUCCGGUCAUUCGUAAGCGCCCGACAUGGCUGUCGUCCAUCGCAUUACCAAAGAAGAUUCAAACGACGAGCACACAAAUAUUUUGCUGAAAACGAAACCGAUUGGCGCAGGGAAUGGCCUAAACAAGACGAGGAGAAAAAAGAAGAACCAAGGCCAGAAGUUCCUUUAGAACUGACUGUCGAUAAACAGCCUAGGAUAGGUGAUCCUUUGCCGAGAAGAAUGUCACCGAAGCCUGAACAACAUAAAUCCAGUGAAAGUCCCGGGCCUCCAGAACGUCAAUCAACAUACGUGGAUGUAGGAACAGAAGAACUGCCGAAACCAUCGCCUUGCGUUGGAAGAACUCUAGAACCUGCGGUUCCCGCUAACCUAAUUCUUCCACCCCCUCCUCCUAUGUGGUAUCCUCCGAUCUACAAUCCACAAUUCGGUGUUGAUCCUCUCAACUUCUUUAUAGACCUUCGUGUGUCUGGUCAUAUAUAUGAUAGAAAGAGACCAGCUGAAGAAAUGGAACAGAGUAUACCAGAGGUGCGUUCGGAAGAGCCAUUAGAAAAACGACUUACUAAAGAAUUUGUGCAAAGACCUCGUCAUUUAUCAGCUUUUUCUGUUCCUGUUCGUGGCAAUACAGACGUAGUUGACAAACGAGUUUCUGGAGGAAGCACAAAGAAUGCUUCUUAUAUUAUGAAAAAUCUUAAGCGUGUUUAUGAAGACUUACAUACUCGAGACAAGCAGAAUGACCAUAGUAAUGUUGAUACGAAAGCAGAAUCAUCCGAUGAUGAAAAUGACAUUAUAGAUUAAUUUAUAAUAUUAGAUUUAUAUAUUAUUGUUUUCUAGUCGAUCCAUGCAGCUAUUUUGCAAUUAAAUUUAAGAUGUUAUAUUCGAAGUACGACUCGGCGGUGAAACCAAUUCAUAAUUGAAACAAAAAUUUAUAUUAUUAUUUAUAGAGCGUUGCACUACAAUGGUAACAAAGAGUGAAUACACAAGUACUGGGUAACCGUAAUCAUAAAAAAAAAAAACAAUUUUUUUUAAUUCGGAACGGCCUGUAUGUACAUAAUCUAGUAGCCGCACGCUAGCGUAGGCACUGACACCUUCUUCGUGCCUACUUAAAUGUAAUGUGGAUUAAAAUUUUGUUUCCUUAAUAUUUAAUUUAUGUGGUUGAAAAUUUCAAUUAUUUACUUUAAUUUUAAGAUUUAUUUAUGAAAGUGGUUAAUUGGAUAUAUAUCUGUAUAUAAUACGCAAUCGUAUUAUAUACCUGUGUAUAUAAUACGCAAUAAGAUAAGCAAGCUAUAUUUUCGCCUAAUGCUAAUUAUAGCAUUAUUAUUAAUAUUAAUUACAACCUAAAUGAAAAAUAGAUAUGCCGCCAUUUUUCUGUUAGCUUAUAAAAAGCAAUUUGUACAAUUCCUUUUCUAGUCUUUUGAAUGUACUUACUUGUAAGCACUACUUUAGUUUAUUUAGGUACCAUUGAAAUAUUAAUAACGAUGGUCCGUCGAUCGAAUUCAUUAUACCAAAAAAUACCUUUUAAGUGUAUCCAAAGAAUAAUAUGAAUUUUAUUUAUAGGCGGCACGAGAAACUGUAAACUCUAAUGUUUAUUGUUUAGCUGCAUCAUCUGACCAUAUGACCCCACAUAACUCAUCACAAUAGGACACGCAGUAGCUAGCUACGAUACGCCCGGAUCACAUCACACUGCUUCUGUCACGUGCCUUUAAUUAAAUACGUGACCUAGGAAGACGUACCUCCUUAAACUAGUACCUAAUGUAAUUUAUAAAAUAUUAUAACAUUUCCUUCUGGCAAUACUAUACUAUAGCCAUCAGCUAUAGCUCUUAA